CAAAUUGGUCAAACAGUUAGAAACAUGGGAAUGCCAUAAUCUGAGGUCUUCACUUGUACAGUAGAACUGACCCAUGCGGGCAGUGUGGCCAAGUACAGCGGUCGGUGGUCGGACAUGCUUCCAAAGGAAGGUCGUUUCAUCCGCGCCACUUUCGUGUCUUCCAACAUCCGCACCGGUGGGAGAGGCCACUACGAGACUCAGAAACACUGGGAGGAUGCCAAGGUGCACCUUCUACUGGAGCUUGAUUUGUGUCUUGGUGAUCAGGUUCAAAGAUUGAGACUUGCCACUGAUGAAGAUUCCAAGGGUGUUUCAAAAGAGAUGAAAGUGUACGAGACGUUGCAGUUGGGAUCUGGUGAGAAGGUGCUGGGCUUUCAGAUGCAUGAAGUGAAAUCCCAGCACAAUGGAGGUACUCUAUACUUCAAUGUCCAAGCAAUCUUGCAGAGCAAGGAUUGCGUUUGGCUGGAACCACUGUCGCGCGAAGUCUUCCCCAUGUCUUAUCCCUUUCCAGGACAGCCAAACUCCUUGCGAGGAUUGGCAUCCGACCAGACUGAAGUGACCAGCUUGCGCGCCUUCCAUGGUCGUCAACGGCAUCAUAUUACAGGUCUUAAAUACAAAUUUGAGAUGAACAUCGAGUGUGCGACUGGACAAAGCAAAGUCUUCUGGAUGGAACUCAUGGUAUUUGCAGUUGGGUUCUAUUAUCUUGAUGUGGCCACAGACCUUCAGCAGCUGACUCUGUUUUAUUCUGAGGGGAAGUUUGAUUAUUUGGCCUUGAAUUGUCUUGGAGUAGGAGUCCCAAUGCUGACUACUAUGAUCGAAGCUGUACAAUGGAGCGAAAGCAAAGUGGCUCGACCCCAGUGUGACAUGUUUCGACGUCUAGUUCCAUCAAGGGGUGUGAGGAUUUUGUUGAUCCUUUCUUGCGUGCUGACUCAGUGCCACAUGCUUGUUUUGGCGGUUGCUUCAGCACUCAUGCGCUCGAAGCACGACUUGCUACUCUGCGCAAAGCACGCUGAAGUGGCGGAAGCUAUAGUGUCAGCCUGUUUACAGAGCAAUUUCUUGCUCUUGAUCGUCGUUGGGAUCGAGUCUGUCUCACAGCAAGCAUUCCGAGCCUUAGGAGUGUCAGUUUUGAUUUCCUGUUUGUCCUUAGCCUUCGGGCUCGCUAGCAGAGACAAGCAGGAUUCCAGGGUACUACAUGUGCCUGGCAAAUUGAGCUGGAGCCCAACUCUUGCUGCCUUGAUUUUGGUCAGAGCCCUUGAAGUAAUGAGCAGGCUUCUGGCCAUCAACAUCGUGCACUUUUCAACCAGGCUAGCGGUUCCUUUGGGAGGGCCAGCCGCAGUUGUCUUACUUGCAGCAUCGGCAUGGUACUUCUUUCCAGAAGCAGACAGGUCACAGAUUUUUGCUGCCGUGAUAGCCCAUCCGGGGCAAGUGAUGCUUGGAUCCCGUUCGAUGUUGCCCUUGCGGUGGUCUCUACGAAUCCAUGUGCUGCUGCCAGUUGUAGCCAUUUGCCUUCAAGGAGUCCAGCUGAACAGCAAUCUUUUUCCAGAAGCGCAGAUCAUGUCAUGGCCCUGGUUUGCCAUGUCUGUUGCGACAUGCAUCAGCAGCACUUUGGGCUUGCUGGUGCUUCACUCUCUCGGGAAUCAGAUGGGCCAUCCAGUGUUGGAGCAGAUUGGCAAGGGGCAGCCUCUCGCGUGUACAAUGCUGGCAACAGCAAGUGAAGAAUCCGUAGUUCCACUCCCGCUCUUGGCCGCAGCAGAGACCGUGUUGCUCGAUUUGGAGGCGCUGAAGAGCCCCAAUAUCCUGCAAAAGUUGGCCAGUGCUUCCGCAACACAAGUGGUUGUGCCAGCCUCCUCCAUGAGGGAGCUUCAGCCGAUGCUGCAGAAGCAACUAGAAGAGCUUUCUUGCAUCAACGUCAUCGACAUAGACCUUUCAGAAUGCGACUUUGAGUCGCACUGGAGUUCUGUUUGGGAUCGUCUGCAUUGGCCACUGAAAGUUGCUCGUCGUGUUCGGGGGAAGCAUGACAAGAAAGAAGUUGUGGCGAUCAUAGCCAAGUUGGCCAAUUGCAAGCUGCUUGAAGAGUUGGUCUUUGUCGAUUGUUACUUUGAAUUCUCAGGUCCGGAUGCUCUGCAGGAGCAACUCAAAGCUGCCCAGUGGCCCAAGCUACGAAAGGUCUCGUGGAUUCACGAGACGUGUCAGCAGGGUCCGGAGGAAACCGCUGAGGAAACAGCUGCAGCCGCUGUCCUGAAGGCCUUGGGGAGGUUUUCCAAGAUUGAGGUGCUGAACUUCCAAGGUCUCAGGUGGCUCUCCAACGAAGCUUGGGACCAGCACCUGGUGCAGAAUCCUUGGGUGAAUCUCCGGUGGGAGCUCUGCAACUUCGGGUGCAACAAAGAGGGUGAGGUGUGCGCACCCCAGCAGCUUCAAAAGAUCGAGAAAGUCCAUUUCAUCUCCCAUGUGACGUCCAAGACUUCACAGAUGCUCCUCCCCAAAUGUCCCAUCCACGUGGUGAUGAAACAGGGUGACGCGCUGCUGCCGCGCUUGGCGCAAGGUCAGUGUCUCCAGCUGUUGGAUGCCGCGGCGGGUGUGCAUAGGUGCAGAACGUCGGCAGAGGCUUGGGAGUGCUUGCGCAAGGCUCAAUGGCCACACCUGAAAGAGGCCAACCUGAGCUUUUGCUUCCCCCGGAGCGAAGGACAGGGAGCCUCAACGGUACUGAGGCUUAUGGUCCAGUGCCGCCAGUUGGUGAACGUGAAUCUUUCCAAUUGCCAAGGCAUUUCCACCGAUGCUUGGCAUUUGUUGGGCAAUGCCGAGUGGCCUGAGCUCAAGAUUGCAAACUUUAGCUUUUGCUUUGAGAACGACCCAGCACAGCCAGUGCUGCAGAUGUUGGCCCGCUGCCGAAAGCUCACGUCCUUGAAGCUGCUCAGAUGUGGAGUGACUGUGGAGCACUUGCGAGCGCUCCCCAAAGGCUGUUGGCCCUGCUUGAGCCCCGAAGCCUGCGCCUUCGACGGAGACCUCGGCCGCUUCGCCGCGGCGCGGGCCAUGGCUGCGCCGGGCCCCGAGGGUCUCGACGCCGACGCGGACGCGGUGGCCGUGGACGUCGACGUCGAAGACGUCGACCGGUCGCCGGCGAGGAAGAGUCGACGAGUGCGAAGGGUCCGAAGGAAGAGGAGCACCGUGACCGGCGAACGAGAGAGCUCCAAGGAGAGUGAGAUGGUGCCCAGCAGUUCUGCUCAGGUUGAAGGCGAGUCUGAAAGUGACUUGGCAUCAACGAGACCAAAGGGGCGAAAACCCAAGAAGAAGGGAGUGGUCAAGGUGAGGCGUGUGCGAAGAAAGGACUCACAGUGAUCCUCUUGGGCAGGGCGGAGCUUGCGCGUGCUGCUUGCCGAGCACUUCCGGUUUCGCAUCUUUGUGGACUUUCACUUUGGCUUGAUUUGAAAGCCGUGGAUUUAGCCACAGAAGGAUUCGGAGAACAA